AUGGCAACAACAGAAGAUGUGGUGGUAUCCCCUUUGCUUCAGGCGUUGCUCAACAAACUGAACUCCUCUUGGAUGAUCAAAUUCGGAUCUGAUUGGGGUGUUGACCGACAGCUGAAUAACCUCUCUAGAACACUCCAAGACGCAUAUGCAAUGACCAGUUCUACAGAGGAUAUGCAAAUCAGUGAUCCGCGCUUGAAAUUCCUACUCAAAGACAUGAGACAAGUUGUUCACAAAGCCACUUGUAUAUUGGACGAGUUCAUCUACGAAGCUGUUCAACGGAAAAUUCUUGAGGAGGAGGAGGAUGAUGAAAGUAAACAGAUCUGCAUUUCGAGGGCUGCUAUCAAGAAGGUACCCCGCGAAUACUUCUCCUAUUCUCUCAAUGAGAAAGAAAUUUUAUAUUGCCAUGAGAUUCCUUCUGUUAUAACUGGCAUCAUAAAUGAGAUGCAUGAGAUUCAGCAAAAGAUGAACCACGACUAUGCGAGUUCAGUCUCAUCCGUUGGAAGGAAUCUCAGUGAAAUGGGAAAGAAACUCAACAUAGUUUCAUCACUAGAUUCACGCCCUCAGACUGUUUCCUUAGUUGAUGAUAGAAUUUUUGGUAGGAGGGAAGAUGCAAAUGCUAUAAUAGACAUAUUAUUAUCUGAUAAAUACAAUGGGGAAAAAGUUCCUGUUGCUUCAAUAGUUGGUACUGGGGGGAUUGGCAAGACCACUCUGACUCAACUCAUUUACAAUGAUGCAAACGUAGUUAAGCAUUUUGAUGUGAGAGCAUGGGUAUGUGUUUCCCAAGAUUCUGAUGUCACAAAAAUAACUAGAUCAAUUCUUGAGUCAAUAUCCAAUGGACAACCACCAUUGGAACGACUGGAACCACUUCAACAAGAACUCAAGAAUUGGUUACAGGGAAAGAAAUUUCUACUUGUUCUUGAUGAUAUAUGGAGCGAUGACCGCAGAACGUGGGAUGCGGUAAGGGUCCCAAUUAAUGUUGCAGCAGAAAAAGGAAGCAGAAUAAUAGUGACCACUCGGAUUCAUAGAGUUUCCUCGAUUAUGAGCUCCAUAAAAAAAAUUGAUUUGGAAACCUUGCCAUAUGAACAUUGCUGGGAAUUAUUCAAAAGGAAGGCUUUUAUUGAUGACAAAAUCUGUGAUAAACAUCCAAGCUUGAAAGAAAUUGGACAGGAAAUUGUUAAAAAAUGCAGAGGAAUGCCUCUAGCAGUGAAAUCACUAGGAGGACUUCUAUACGAUGAUCUGGAUGUGAAAAGGUGGAAAUCCGUCUUAGAAAGUAAGAUGUGGGAGGUUGAAGCAGAGGAGACAACAAUGUCAGCUCUACGUUUGAGUUAUUAUUACUUGCCAGCACAUUUAAAAUUAUGCUUUGCAUAUUGCUCUUUGUUUCCUAAAGACCAUGAAUUUGAUAAGGAAACUCUAGUCCAGCUUUGGAUAGCAGAAGGUUUUGUUUCAUCUAAAAGAAUUGACAUUAUGGAAGAAGACCUUGGAGGCGAAUACUUUGAUGAAUUGUUCAAUCGGUCCUUUUUUCAAAAGCAUUCUAAAUUUCGAAAAUCAUUUAUGAUACAUGAUCUGAUGCAUGACUUAGCAGAGUCGGUUUCGGCAGGCAUGUAUUUUAGGAUGGAGAAGGGCAAAUCACAUAACAACAGUGGUAAUCGUAAAAUGGUUCAUUACGUAUCAAUGUUUCACGUCCAACAAGAUCAGUACCCAAUGGAGAAAGAAUUAUGUAAAUUCAAGGAAUUGUCAACUUUGUUGUUGAUUUUGCCGUCAACAAGGGAUUGGCAUAUCCUAGGUGACUUAUUUGAACAAUACCGAUGCCUACGUGUACUGGAUUUGAGUGAAAAUUAUGAAUUGGUCAAUUUGCCAAGUUCAAUUGGCAACUUGAAACAUCUACGGUUGCUUAACCUCAACAGGAUAGGCAUUAGAGUGUUACCCGAGUCAUUGUGCAACCUCUACAAUUUGCAAACUUUGGUGAUUGAAAAUUGUCGUCGUCUCAUUGGAUUUCCUGAAAACAUGGGAAACCUAAUCAACCUCCAAUACAUAGUGAUGGAAGAUCGCAAGUGGGAUGUUUUCAGUCCAAUAAGAGGAACUGGGAGAUUACAUUAUUUGAGGACAUUGCGUAGGUUUGAGGUGAUCAUGCAAAAGAGCAAUGGCAACAAAAGUACAAUAGGAGAGCUAAAAGAAUUAGGUAAUCUCCAAGGAUGUAUUCGUAUUAGGGGGCUAGAGAAGGUGGCUGACUUUGAGGAGGCCAAGGAGGCUAACCUCUUCGAUAAGCAUCGGAUUGAUAGAUUGGAGUUGGAAUGGAUUGAUAAUAAUGAAAGAGAGUUACAACGUCUUGCAUCCCUUAUGUAUUUGGAAAUCACAAAUUGUCCUAUGCUUCAAUUAUUGCCAGAGUUACAUGGUCUUGCAUCUCUUGAGAAAUUGAAAAUCACCAUUUGUCCUAUGCUUCAAUCAUUGCCAGAGUUACAAAGUCUUGCAUCCCUUAUGUAUUUGGAAAUCAAUGAUUGUCCUAUGCUUCAAUCAUUGCCAGAGUUUGCAUCUCUUUGGGAAUUGGAAAUCAUAAAUUGUCCUAUGAUUCAAUCAUUGCCAAAGUUACAAGGUGAUCUCCGUCGUGCAUGCACUGACCCUCCAGUCCAAAAUGUGCCUGAAGCGGGCCCUGGCUGCCGAGAGUUCAUCCCGCGAGGCUCACACCGAGCUGAAGUUAGCUCACAAUCAAAUCACCAACUAGAGAGCGACGCGAUAGCUCAGAAGGAGUAUAUCAAAGUGUUGAUUUCAGAGAAGGAGGAUCUGCUAUGCCAGGUGGAGAGCCUCAAGGCUGACGUCAAGGAGCAGACCGAGAUUCUCCUCAAGGCCAUGGACGAGGCCAAAGUUAAGGCCGUUGAGGACUACAAGAGCUCGGAAGAGUUCGAGGGGCGCUGGUGGAUUCCUACCACAAAGGCUUCAAGCUCAGUAGGUGGCUGA